CUUUCCUUCCCCUCUCCAUAGGGAUUUAAUUUAUAUCAUUAAUUUUAUGCAUAAAUAUUUGGGUACUGUAACCUAUUUAAUAUAUUAAGUUGUGAUAAAUAAUUUCAGUGUAGUAUUUGUUACAGUAUUGUUAAAAUAUGUGUAUACAAAGCAGUGGGUCAUUUUUUUCUUUACUCUCCUUGAAAUGAAAACUAGCCUUAGCAUGAGCUAAUGUGGGGGGUAAGUGUUUUCAAAAUGAUUUUGCUUUGCUUCUGUAACUUCGAAUUAAUGAGAUUCUACUAUGCUGAUAUUUUACAUAAAUUGAUAUAUAUAUUUUUAAAAUUUUAGCUUCUUCAUAUGGAUAUCAAACAUCAGAUGGAAGAAGUCAGCUUGCAGUAUUUUCUGGUGUAUCAAGAAUGCCAAAAACAAAAACAGUUUCUGUUCCUCGUUUUGUUUGUCAUUUUUGUCCUAAAGGAUUUAAUCACAAAACACAUCUGAAGAAUCACAUUCGUGUUCAUACUGGAGAAAAACCAUUUAAAUGUGAAAUCUGUUUCCGUUGUUUCAAACGGAAUGAAUCCUUGAAGUAUCAUAAGCUUACUUCACAUGAGGCAUAUUUUAAGAGUAACUUUGAUUGCUAUUAUUUUGAGAUUUUCCCUUACCUUUUGGCAUAUGUUCCAGGAAGAAGUGCUGGAUAUUCCAGAAGACUGAUUGGUUUAUAUCCUGAAGUUGACUUAUCAAGAAAUCAACUUGAAACUGCUUCAGCAUUGAAGCGGCUUAUUUGCAAAUUCUGCUCAAAAAGAUGUAACCAGAAAAUUGAUCUAGAACGCCAUCUUCGAUCACAUACUGGGGAAAAGCCAUUUAAAUGCUCAAGUUGUUCCCGAUGUUUUUCACGUAAUGAAUCUUUAAAGUAUCAUGUGAUGAGGUAUCAUGUAGCAGGUGUCCGCAAGUCAUUACCAUAGAACUUUUUUUCUGUACUUUAUUUUCUGUUUGUAAUUCUUAUAUAAACUUAGGUGUGAAAACACUGGGACUGAUCAGAUGGUGGCUUAUAUGCCACCAGCAAUAAUCUUGGGCAUUAACCUAAUUUCAUGCUGUGUUCACAUUUAAGAUCUAUGGACACCUAUUUUCAUGUGCCAUGGUGUUUGUUUAGAAUUCUCAAGUUCACACUGUACAUUUGCUAUUGUUAUCUUUGAAUACCUACCUAAGAGCAUUCCCUGCCCCCAAUCCUUCUGGCCUUUCACUCUCCGUAGGUUAUAAUUUAAACACAUAAAAUGAAGCUAUCAAACAUACACUAAAGCACAGUUGUUACUACGCUGUUGGCCAUCCAGAAUGCAGCACCAUGGAGAACGAGUGAUAUGAAAGUCAUAUUCUCUGGAUAAAUAAUGUAAGAUUCACCGGUGAAUUGAUUAAAAUUACAGCCUCAUUCAUCUUUUUGCAUAUAAAAGAAAUUAGUAUUUACUUCAGGAAUGAGCUGGCAGUAACUGUUGUAACAUACCUCAGCAUCGAAAGAAAGAUGCAGGGGAUGUAUUUUGGUUGGGCUGCUCAUUGAUCAUAUUCCAUGGACAACAUAUUAAGAGAAAGGGUAAGCCAAGGCAACUCUACAAACUUGUGGGAACUAAAUAGUGGAAUCUUGCAUGCCAUGUGCAAUUGCAUAUAUUGUCCUGCUGAAACUUGGACAUAGGCAGGUCUUAAAGAUCAGACAAGGUCAGCAGGCUCAACUUCAGAAGUGUAGCAGUAAAUAUUGAAUGUACAAGUAAUACAUAUAAUAUGUAUUGCAUAGGUACUGAAUAAAAUUGAAUGCACUCCAAACAGUAACUUCAGCUGGCAGAAUGGUAUGAUGAUGCAUAAUUCAGGACUCAAGAUGUUUGUCUCCAGGUACUGUCAGGUUUAGAGACUUAUGGUGUUUUAGGUAGAAUCAAGAUUGUUCUGAAAAAACAUUAUUGGUUCAUUUAAAUGUCUGUGUCCUGGAUUCAAUGCACCAUUGUAGCUGUAUUUGCCAAUGAUCUAGAGCAGCGAUUGUUAACUGGUAUGCGUACCACAGGUGGUUACACAAUAAAAAAAUAAGUUGUAUGCAAAAAGAAGCAAAGUAUUUUAAAUAUUAAAUUAAUAAAUUAAGUAUCCCCAACAUCCUAUUUUUUCUCUAACACUCGUAAAUGUAUGCGAUUUGAGCUUUCUUCAAGGUCAACAGCCUCUCAUAGACUUUAAACAAAAUAAUUUGUUUUUCUUUUCACAAAUAUUCUUUUAGCUGUAGAGAUAUCAAACUUUGUCAUAAGUGAUGUUUGAAAAGGAGUAAUAGAAAUGGAUGUUGUAUUUAAUCAGAAAUGAAAAAAAGUUCCGGUAAAAAUAUAAUAGCAUCUCAUUGAUUCUUUUAGUGUGGAUCGAUUUACUAGUAUGUCUACACUUUAUGUUGCCAUCAUUUCUGGGCUCAUAUUGCUCUAUUUUCAAUUAGAAUCUUUUUUUUUUUACGUUGCUUUGCGAUCUCUUUACAGCAGGUAUUUUGUCGUUUUGUUGCUUUGUAUUCCUUAUUUUCCUACGCAAUUUGAUAGUAUCGUCAUUUGUUUUUGAAGAGCUCAUAAUAUAUUGUGCAUUUAAACAUUUGUGAAAAAAUUAAAAAACAAACCUAGAUUUUCAAAAUGAAAAAAUGGCUAGGAUUGACUAAGCGGAAAAGUGAGGAUUCACAGGUGA